CGCGUUCCGUCGCCGCCGCUCGUUUCGCCCCACUCCGUCAACAUCAUGGCGUCCUCCAUGACCAUGGCCUCGGCCCCCGUCGCUCAGACCACCAGCCUCAAGUCCUCCAAGUUCCACGGCGCCAAGGUGACCUCCCGCGCGCGCGUCGCCGCCGCCGCCGUCGACUCCCCGACGGCCGCAAGCUCCGCGUCGCCGUCAUCGGCGGCGGACCCGCGGGCGCGUGCGCCGCGGAGACGCUCGCCAAGGGUGGCUGCGAGACGUUCCUCAUCGAGCGGAAGAUGGACAACUGCAAGCCGUGCGGCGGCGCGAUCCCGCUCUGCAUGGUUGGCGAGUUUGACCUUCCCGAGGAGAUCAUCGACCGCAAGGUGACGAAGAUGAAGAUGAUCUCGCCGUCCAACCGCGCGGUGGACGUCGGGCAGACGCUCAACGACAAGGAAUACAUCGGCAUGUGCCGCCGCGAGGUCAUGGACGACUUCCUCCGCAAGCGCGCGAAGUCGCUCGGGACUAAUCUCGUGAACGGCCUCUUCAUGAAGCUCGAGGACCCGGGCCAGGGCAACGGCGCCAUCACGAUUCACUACAACGACUACGAAGCCGACUCCAAGGUUGGCGAGCCGAAGACGAUGGAGGUGGACUGCAUCAUCGGCGCGGACGGCGCUAACUCCCGCGUCGCGAAGAACAUCGACGCGGGCGAGUACGACUACGCGAUCGCGUUCCAGGAGCGCAUCAAGAUCCCGGACGAGAAGAUGGAGUACUACAAGGAUCUCGCGGAGAUGUACGUCGGCGACGACGUCUCGCCGGAUUUCUACGGCUGGGUGUUCCCGAAGUACGACCACGUCGCCGUCGGCACGGGCACGGUCGUGAACAAGACCGCGAUCAAGACGUACCAGGCGGCGAUGCGCAAGCGCGCGGAGGAGAAGUGCGCGGGCGGUAAGAUUAUCCGCGUCGAGGCGCACCCGAUUCCGGAGCACCCGCGCCCGAGGCGCGUGCAAGGCCGCGUCACGCUCGUCGGCGACGCCGCCGGCUACGUCACGAAGUGCUCCGGCGAGGGGAUCUACUUCGCCGCGAAGUCCGGACGCAUGGCCGCCGAGGCUGUCGUCGAGCGCUCCGAGAACGGCACGAAGGAGGUUGACGAGUCCGACCUCCGUCUGUACCUCGACAAGUGGGACCGCAAGUACUGGGCGACGUACAAGGUGCUCGACAUUCUCCAAAAGGUUUUCUACCGCUCCAACCCCGCGCGCGAGGCGUUUGUGGAGAUGUGCGCGGACGAGUACGUGCAGAAGAUGACGUUCGACUCCUACCUGUACAAGACGGUCGUCCCGGGCAACCCGCUCGACGAUAUGAAGCUCCUCGGGAACACGGUCGCGUCCAUCGUGCGCGCCAACGCGCUUCGCGCCGCCGGCAAGUCCCAGGUGAACGUGUAAA